AUGGUGAUCAGCCAGGCUUCAUUUUCAUCAGCCUCGGGUCCCUAUCGAUGUCCUCAUUGUGAAAGAUCCUACGAGCGCCAAGAUUAUCUAGCUCGGCAUCUCGACUCGCAUAGCAACAAGCGAAGCUUUCGGUGCCAGAUCUGCAAUCGCGGGUUCAAUCGCCGGGAUGUUUUGCAACGCCACCAGACGCUCCAUGGCAACCUUUCCGCAGACGAUGAAAUGAUCAUCAGGCGACGGAAGGACCGUCUUCCUGGGGCUCUAGCUGAAUGUGGAUCGAAGCCCGUUGAACAACAGCACAACUCGAAGCGUCAACAGCAAUGUCUGCGCCAAGUUCGUCUCGCCGAGGUAUCAGAGCUGUCGUGCGAGACUACGAUGUAUGCUUACCCACAAUCACCGAUAUCGAGCGACAGACAGUGCAACACGGGUGGUGUAUCAUCAGAUCUGCCGCCCGAUCCAGAACGUGAAAACCUCUCCACACCGCCAGCGAACUCGGUCCUUAUAACUGCAGACUUUAAUAGUUCAAAUGUACUAGUUCAUCCAUUGACUGUUGAUCCUAACGUCAUAACCCGGCAAAAUGAACUACCAGAGAUAUCUUCUCAAACCAGUCCCAAUGGCUGCCCGGCAUUUUUCGAGAAUGUCAUGCUUCUCGACCUCGAAGGAGCUCAGUCUGGACAUACCUUUCACCAGCCAUGCCCUACUACAUUCGAUCUUCUUCCCGACUUGGAUUUUGAAAUCUCAGAAACUGGCUUGUUUGGAGAGAACUUUAUUCCAGACUUGGAAAGGGUUGUCCAAAAUGACUUCUUGCUACCUAUGCAGGACGAUGGCAAUCAUUCAGAGCAUGGGUACCUCGACUCUACUAAGAGAAGGGUAUAUGCUUUCCAACGUUCAUUCUGGAAUCUCUUUCAGGAUAAUACGCGAAAUGCUACCAAUGAGGAUGGUAGGUCGGUACGAAAUGAAGAGCUUGAGCCCUCUCUUUUAUCGCCUUGCUCCAUUCCUACUAACCUCACCAUUCACGAGAAACUCUCAUCGCGAUCAAGGGAUCAAAUCUUCCGACUCAUUGUUAAGACUGGGGAUGAAAAAUUAUCGAUACCAGAGAUUCCUACUGUCGAUCAUCUCGACAUCCUCAUCAAGAUUGGCCUGGCAAGAAAGUUAGACGUCAAUCCUUGGAUUCAUCUUUAUACCUGCUAUGAUGAUAGCUCAAGGCCAGAACUCCUCGCGGCUCUGGUGACAGCAGGGUGUAUCUCAUGUCUGAGCCCCACAAUAAACAAGACGGGUAUAAUCAUGCAGGAUAUUGUCCGAGUGGCAUUGCAUAAUCUAUCUGAAGCAGAUAAUGAUGCCACACGUGAUCUUCAGUAUUUACAAGCAUCGAUGAUCUGGCUGGAAAUCGGCUUCUCGUGUGGUUACAGGAAGAAUAUGCGGAUGACAGAAGGUGCCGUUCAAGCUUUAGGCAUAGCUCUGCGUCGAAUAGGGGCCUUGGACUCAUCCUCGUAUAAGCCCAUCAAUCCGCGUGAAAUUUCUGAUGAUGAUUCGGGUGGCUUGGAUCAUAUAUGGAAGCAGUGGAUUAAGCAAGAAUCAUUAAAGAGAUUGGUGUAUCACUUUUUCUGUCACGAUAUAGAGGUGGCCGCAGCAAUGAACCACCCGCCGACAACAUCAUUUGCGGAACUCACUCUUUCUAUACCAGCAGCACGGGAUCUAUGGCUUGCUCCAACGGCAAACGCUUGGAAGGUGAUAUGGAUGGCCAAAUAUCAAUCCCCAAGACCAGAAAUAAGCCUUAGAGACCUACUGUCAGAUCCUACUCUAUUCAAAGAUCUUCCCACGCAUUUCGAUAGCAGAGUUGCAACUUCUGCCUUGCUGCAUGGGCUAACAGGCAAGAUCUGGGACGUAAGGCAGCAGAUGUUACUCGGUCGAAGCAGGGCGCCUAAACCGCCGGCUCGUAAAUUGCUCUUGCUUCAGAGUAGACAGGAGGAUCUGUACACAGAUCUUAAGGAAAUCCAGAAUUCCCUUGCAGAUUCACCUCCUGUUACUGUCAUAAUGGCCGAGUUCGCCAUUAUGUAUCUGCACAUCGAUAUAGACGCUUUACAACGUUUUGCCGGCAAGAUGGGCGAAGAAGAGGCAAGACAAUGCUAUCCUGACCUACGUAAUUGGAGCAUGACGCAAGAUGCUCGCAUUGCAGCCUGGCAUGCUGGUCAAAUAUUUCGUGCUGUGAAUCAAGUGGGCCCUUACCACCUUCGAGGCUUUGAUAUCUUCGCCAUUUACUACGCGUCUUUGACCCUCUAUGUGUAUGGACUGCUGCUUUGUGCCGAGAAGAAGCCCACAGAAGUUGUCGAGACCUGGAACGCAGAAAAUCCUGCCUUUGUUUUUCUCGAUGGUCCCAGUAGUCGGGCGACGGAAGCUUUCGUUUCACACGAUCGGGGUCAGCCGGGGUUGGUAUACUUAGCAGGUACCGAUGUUGAAGCACAGAAGACGUUCUGUAGUCUUCAACAGCCUCGUCUGGUUAUGCGGGUCGCGUUGCAGGUCCUGAGCAGCAAUUUCUCAAAGUUUUCGUCGGCCGAUCCCACAAAAAACCCUAUUCCACCUUUGGUCAUGAAUCUUCGUGAUCUCCUUCAUGAUUUGGCGAAUUUGCCAUGA